GCGGCAAGGAGAAAGGGUUUCCCUGCGGGCAGCAGCGGGAGGGCAAGCCCGGCAUCCCCCGGAGGAGCAGCAUCAUUAAGACAUCUUCAGGCUGCCUCUGCCUUUUCCUCCAAUUCCAUCAUCUUCCGGAUGAAGCAGAACUGUUUUUCCAUCUUCACCAGCCUGCACAAAAUCUGAGAUACUUAAUUUCUACCUGAUGGUACGAAACAAAAACGAGAACGGAAGAAGACAGUGUCUUUCAGCAGUAUGCCGACUGAGAAAAAGAUCAGCAGUGCAAGUGACUGCAUAAAUGCAAUGGUUGAAGGCUCUGAGCUCAAAAAGAUUCGAUCCAAUUCCAGAGUGUAUCACCGAUAUUUUCUUUUAGAUGCAGAUAUGCAAUCCCUACGCUGGGAACCUUCAAAAAAGGAUUCUGAAAAAGCAAAGAUUGACAUCAAGUCAAUCAAAGAAGUAAGAACAGGAAAAAAUACAGAUAUUUUUCGCAGCAAUGGAAUAUAUGACCAGAUAUCAGAAGACUGCGCUUUCUCAAUCAUAUAUGGAGAAAACUAUGAGUCACUAGAUCUUGUUGCUAACUCAGCAGAUAUUGCAAAUGUUUGGGUUACUGGCUUAAGAUACCUGAUUUCUUACGGAAAACAUACUCUAGACAUGAUAGAAAGUACUCAAGAUAAUAUGCGGACUUCAUGGCUUUCACAAAUGUUCAGUGAAUCGGAUGUAGAUAAUGUAGGACAUAUACCCCUGUGUAAUGCUGUACAAUUUAUAAAAGACCUAAAUCCUGGUUUAAAAACAAAUAAAAUUGAAUUAAAAUUCAAGGAGUUACAUAGAUCCAAGGAAAAAACUGGUACUGAAGUAACAAAAGAAGAGUUUAUUGAAGUUUUUCAUGAGCUUUGUACUCGACCUGAAAUCUAUUUCCUGUUGGUUCAGUUUUCAAGCAAUAAAGAAUUCCUAGAUACCAAGGACCUUAUGAUGUUUUUAGAAGCAGAACAGGGUAUGGCACAUGUCACAGAAGAAAUAAGCCUUGAAAUUAUUCAGAAAUAUGAGCCAGCCAAAGAGGGCCAGGAAAAGGGUUGGCUUUCUAUAGAUGGGUUUACGAAUUACCUUACUUCACCAGACUGCCACAUAUUUGACCCAGAACAUAAAAAAGUUUGUCAAGAUAUGAAACAGCCAUUAUCUCAUUAUUUUAUAAAUUCAUCUCAUAAUACAUACUUGAUAGAGGAUCAGUUUCGAGGGCCUUCUGACAUCACGGGUUAUAUUCGUGCUCUUAAAAUGGGUUGUCGCAGUGUUGAACUGGAUGUUUGGGAUGGUCCAGAUAAUGAGCCUGUGAUUUACACGGGACAUACAAUGACUUCUCAGAUUGUCUUCCGUAGUGUGAUUGACAUUAUUAACAAGUAUGCAUUUUUUGCUUCAGAGUAUCCUCUUAUUUUAUGUUUAGAAAAUCACUGUUCUAUAAAGCAGCAGAAAGUGAUGGUACAACACAUGAAGAAAAUUUUGGGAGACAAACUACAUACGCAGUCUCCAAACAUUGAAGACUCUUAUCUUCCAUCACCAGAAUCACUUAAAGGAAAAAUACUAAUUAAAGCAAAAAAGCUUUCCUCAAAUUGUUCUGGACUAGAAGGAGAUGUUACGGAUGAAGAUGAAGGGGCAGAAAUGUCACAAAGAGUGGGGAAAGAGGGUGUAGAACAACAAAACUCUUUGACUGGGAAACGAUUUCAGCUUUGCAAAGAGCUCUCUGAGUUGGUAAGCAUAUGUAAAUCAGUUCAGUUCAAAGAGUUUCAAGUUUCAUUUCAGCUCCAGAAGUACUGGGAAGUGUGCUCAUUUAAUGAAGUGCUUGCUAGCAAAUAUGCCAAUGAAAACCCGGGAGACUUUGUAAAUUACAACAAACGUUUUCUUGCCAGAGUUUUUCCCAGUCCUAUGAGGAUCGACUCUAGUAAUAUGAAUCCCCAGGAUUUUUGGAAAUGUGGUUGUCAGAUAGUAGCCAUGAACUUUCAGACGCCUGGAUUAAUGAUGGAUCUUAACAUUGGUUGGUUUCGACAAAAUGGGAACUGUGGCUACGUCCUUCGUCCUGCUAUCAUGAGAGAAGAAGUAUCUUUCUUUAGUGCAAACACAAAAGACACUGUGCCUGGAGUUUCACCUCAGCUGCUUCAUAUUAAAAUCAUUAGUGGGCAAAACUUUCCUAAACCCAAAGGAUCAGGUGCCAAAGGUGAUGUUGUGGAUCCAUAUGUCUAUGUUGAAAUACAUGGAAUCCCUGCUGACUGUGCCGAGCAAAGGACAAAGACUAUGCACCAGAAUGGUGAUAAUCCAAUUUUUGAUGAAAGUUUUGAAUUUCAAAUAAAUUUACCAGAACUAGCAAUGGUGCGUUUUGUAGUGCUGGAUGAUGAUUACAUUGGGGAUGAGUUUAUCGGGCAGUACACUAUUCCCUUUGAGUGUCUACAGACUGGUUAUCGUCAUGUUCCUCUGCAGUCUUUAACUGGUGAAAUGUUAGCACAUGCUUCCUUGUUCGUGCAUGUGGCCAUUACUAAUCGAAGGGGUGGUGGGAAACCUCAUAAGCGGGGCCUCUCUGUGAGGAAGGGCAAGAAAUCACGGGAGUAUGCUUCUGUGAGAACACUGUGGAUUAAAACAAUAGAUGAAGUGUUCAAGAAUGCUCUCCAGCCUAUACGAGAUGCCACGGAUUUGAGAGAAAAUAUGCAGAAUGCAGUAGUCUCAUUCAAAGAAUUAUGUGGCCUCUCUCCUGUAGCAAAUCUUAUGCAGUGCAUUUUGGCAGUGUCUACGCGCUUGGUUGGGCCUGAUAGUGCACCCUUGGUAGUACUGAAUCUCAAUGAUCAGUAUCCGACUAUGGAGCUCCAAGGGAUAGUUCCAGAGGUCUUGAAAAAGAUUGUAACAGCAUAUGACAUGAUGAUUCAGACCAUCCGGACUCUAGUUGAAAAUGCAGAUAGCUUAUAUGAGAGGAUAGUGCAAUGUCAGAAAGCAGCAAUGGAGUUUCAUGAAAACCUGCACAAUAUAGGAGCAAGAGAAGGCUUAAAAGAAAGAAAACUGCAAAAAUCAGUAGAAAGCUUUACAUGGAAUAUUACAAUUUUAAAGGGACAAGCUGAUCUUCUCAAAUAUGCUAAAAAUGAAGCACUGGAGAAUCUGAAACAAAUCCAUUAUGCCACUCUUUCAUGUGGACUCAAUAAGCCAGGCACUGAAAAUGCUGAAAUCUCAAAGCCCCGUCGAAGCCUGGAGGUCAUACCUGAAAAAGCAGGUGAUGAAAAUGGAGAAUGAGAGAACUCUCAUCUCAUAAUUAUGGAGUUUAUAACUCUGUGACCAAUUGUAGCUGCAUAGGACAUUUGCUUUGCACU